CAGAGCGACUUCGUUCGGCAGAGCAGGCUGCAGAGGACUGAGGUGUAUGCGGGAAUAGUUUAUCAACGACACCGGAUGCUUUUGACUUGAUAAAUCUAUUUGGUUUAGUCAACUGCACAAUUGAAAGGAAUGGCCUGUCUGAUGGCAGCCUUUUCAGUGAACAAUACUACGGUGACCAACUCCAUCAUAAUGAACACCAACGGGCCACCUGACUUAAUGCUGGAUCCUAGGACUGUGUGUGUGUCCAUUGAUGACAUGGUGUCCAACCAUGUAGGAGGUCAGCACACGCCUCUGUUGCACGGGCACCUCAAGAAAGUGGAGAAUAACCUGACAGAAGCGCAGAGAUUCUCCUACCUUCCACGCAGACCAGCGGUCAACAUCGAGUUCAAAGACCUCUCGUACUCGGUCCCCGAGGGACCAUGGUGGAGAAAGAAAGGUUACAAGACCCUCCUGAAAGGGAUCUCUGGGAGCUUCACCAGCGGGGACCUGGUGGCCAUCAUGGGCCCCUCAGGAGCCGGCAAGUCUACCCUGAUGAAUAUCCUGGCAGGAUACAGGGAAACGGGCAUGAAAGGAGAGAUUCUGAUCAAUGGACAGCCUCGCGAUCUGCGCUCCUUCCGGAAAGUCUCUUGCUACAUUAUGCAAGAUGAUAUGCUCCUUCCUCAUCUAACUGUACAGGAGGCCAUGAUGGUGUCUGCUAAUCUUAAACUCCAGGAAAAGGAGGAGGGGAGGAGAGAGAUGGUGAGGGAGAUCCUUACCGCUCUGGGCCUUCUUGAGUGUGCCAAAACACGGACGUCCAACCUCUCAGGUGGACAGAGGAAGCGUCUGGCCAUCGCCCUGGAGCUCGUCAACAACCCACCUGUCAUGUUCUUUGAUGAGCCCACCAGUGGUCUGGACAGCUCCUCGUGCUUCCAGGUGCUCUCGUUGAUGAAGGCUCUGGCCCAGGGCGGCCGCACCGUCAUCUGCACCAUCCACCAGCCCAGUGCCAAGCUGUUCGAGCUUUUUGACAAGCUGUAUGUCCUGAGCCAGGGCCAGUGCAUAUACAGGGGGAGGGUGUCCAGCCUGGUGCCCUACCUCAGGGACCUUGGCCUCAACUGCCCCACAUACCACAACCCAGCCGACUUCGUGAUGGAGGUGGCCUCGGGCGAGUACGGGGACCAGACGGCCCGCCUGGUGAAGGCCGUGCAGGAGAGGAAGUGUGAGAAGGACUACAAAAGCGAGAUGAACGGGAACGGCCCUCUCAACCCCUUCCUGUGGCACAGGGUUUCAGAUGAGGACUCGUCCUCUUCCGAGGGCUGCCACAGUUUCUCAGCCAGCUGCAUGACGCAGUUCUGCAUCCUCUUCAAGAGAACGUUCAUCAGCAUCCUGCGCGAUUCGGUGUUGACGCACUUGAGAAUCAUGUCUCACAUCGGCAUCGGCAUCCUGAUUGGACUGCUCUACCUGGGGAUUGGCAACGAGGCGAAGAAGGUGUUGAGUAACUCUGGCUUCCUUUUCUUCUCCAUGCUCUUCCUGAUGUUCGCCGCCCUCAUGCCCACCGUGCUGACCUUUCCUUUGGAGAUGGGUGUGUUUCUGCGUGAGCAUUUAAACUACUGGUACAGCCUAAAGGCCUACUAUCUGGCAAAGACCAUGGCUGAUGUUCCUUUUCAGGUGGUGUUCCCGGUGGCAUACUGCUCCAUAGUCUACUGGAUGACCUCUCAACCCUCGGACGCCGUCCGCUUCAUCCUCUUCCUGUCCCUGGGGACGCUGACCUCCCUGGUUGCCCAGUCCCUGGGCUUGCUGAUAGGCGCUGCGUCCACCUCUUUACAGGUGGCGACGUUUGUCGGUCCAGUGACCGCAAUUCCAGUGUUGCUGUUUUCUGGCUUCUUCGUCAGUUUUGACACAAUACCGGCAUACCUCCAAUGGAUGUCGUACAUUUCAUAUGUCAGGUACGGCUUUGAGGGGGUCAUCUUGUCCAUCUAUGGUCUGGACCGGGAGGACCUUCACUGCGAAAAAGACGAGAUCUGUCACUUUCAGAAAUCCGAGGCCAUUUUGAAGGAGCUGGACGUUGAGGACGCCAAGCUCUACCUGGACUUCAUUGUGCUGGGCAUCUUCUUCAUAACCCUGCGCCUCUCAGCCUACUUCGUCCUGCGCUACAAGAUCAACGCCGAGAGAUAGACAGGGCAGGAGAGGGCAGGAGUGGUCACAGAGUGGGCACAGAAUGGAGCGUUGAGAGGCAGACGGACAACAAGAGGAUGCCUUUGAUAUAGGGAAGACAAAAAACUCAAGGAGGCCAUCUUUCCCUUAACAUAGCAUGACCUCAAACCUUGCACACACACACACACACACACACACACACUGCAUAUAUAUGAGCCUGACGUCGGGGAGACAGCACACAGAGAGCCCAGGGGGUUUCCUUGUGCAUGCUGUCUGCUUUUGGGUUUUGGGCAGGGCAGUCUGAAGCACAUCUCAUAGUGACCGGUCCAGCUGGGCACGGCGGUCUCGGCAGAGCGUCCACAGAGUCUGUGAUGAAUGUGACAUAGUAAACUUGUGCAAUGUGUCCUCUGCUGCCCCGUGUGGUUGAUUGUGAAGUGGAGGACUUAUGCACUUUUCACUGAACUCCCCCAUCACCCCUAAACAAAAAUGGGAGCUCCCUCAGUCUGUUUGGGGUUUGUGCAUAAGUAUAGGACUUUCUCUUUGUCUUGAAUGCUAGGUAAGGCAGUAGUGUUUAUCUCUGUCUCGUGUCUGUGGAUGAAUACCACAAGGGAUGGGGCAGGACCACAGUAGGGGAGAGCUGGACUCUUCUCGGUCAGAUAAACCAUUAGGCAAAACUCUAAAGACAGUAACAGCCAUCAGAUCACACACUGGUCAUGAUGGCACAAUAGACUUGUCUGGAAACCAAAUCAGCAACGAACAAUCAAAAUGAAAUCUGCCUGAGUGUAUGAAUACAUGGCAUGGUCUUUUUAUAGUUUGGUUCAUAGCACAAAGCUUUAAAAGUCCUAAAAGUCUUCAGGGCCAGAUAAACAGUGAUCCAGAGAGUAGUGAAUGUAUAAACAAGUAUCUCUGUUGACUUGCUGCAACCUGAUGAUAAAGCUCACUUCUUUACUCAGGGUGCCAGAUUUGCGUAGAUUUGCGAACGCAGCGUUAUCAGCGCCAUGGCCAACCCGCAGAAAGCGUACGCUGUGCUUCUUCAUUUUACGUGGUAUUUAUCAAACCUGCCAUUCAUUGGGUAAUCAGCGCCUUUCUCCACCCCCCUACCACAAUUUGCAAAUGUUUACAACUGAACGCCAUACUUCAAUCACAAGCGCAGUUGGAUGAGGUUAACUGAUGACAACAUUAAAAGGAAUCAAAUGUUUAACCAUCAUGAAAUAAUACCAUACAUGAUAAGAUGUCAACAAGCAGGAGAUAAUGAAGAGCAGUGGUUCUACUCAAACUACUUGUGC